UCCGUUGCUGCGGUGACGGGCCGGAAGCGGCCGCUGCUCCGCGCGCCAUUUUCAAAGGAUUUCCAGCGCUGGGACAUCGCGGCCGCUCCGCAGACGCCCCGCUUGCCGGCGCCUGCUUUUAGUGGAUGCUGCAGCAGCUGCUUGUCACGGCACAGCCCUGAAGCACCGCAGUAGUCAAAUAUCAGGUCCACUGAGUGCCUUUGGUACCUGGGCGAACAGGAACAAAAGGGGAAAAAAACCCUUAACAUGUACUUCCUGUACAAGCUGUGACAGGGAUUUGUUCUUGAUAUUUCUUCUGUAAAACUUUCUCAUUUCAGUUAGUAAAAAAAUCUUUGCUCUUUCUAAAAUACAAGCUUUUAAACAAAUCUGAUUUGAACUAUUUUGAGGUAAUUUAAUCUUUUUAACUAAUACAAGUCUUCUUAAGAAGAUGAGCUCAGGAGUUACCAGUUUUCUUCUGUAUCAAUAUAAAAUGUAUUCCUGAGUCUCAAUCUAGAGACAGUAACACAAUCACACUUUUCCUGAUUUCAACACAGAAUCUUCAACUUUAAUGUAGAAAUACCAAGAACUUGUUACUUUAGUCUGGCUUUCAGAGGAGUAUGAAGAGCAUUCCCUACACAUCAGGACAUUGACUUCCACUGAGUACACUGGUGGAACCAAAGUGCACCGCCGCCUCCUUCAGCCACACCAGCACAGUAUGUGAGGGAUUGUUGGCAAUGCCAUUGCUUAGUUAAUGUCCCAACGACCCAAACCUCUUCAAGCAAGUAUUUUUGGUAGUGCCCAGAGCAGAUGCUGUGCUUGUAAGGCUGGUGAUUCUUAUCUACAGAGCAGUACCCAGCAACCACAGGUGUCCUGUUUUUGUUGAGUGUGACAAGAGCAGCUUUGGAGGUGUGUUUACAAUGAGUACAAAUGCAGAGAGAAGGUUUGUUAAUCUCAGGAAACGUCUGAAUCAACUGGGCUAUCGGCACCCACUGGGGGUGGACAGUUUGCCUUUGGUGGAAAAGCUUUUCAGUGACUUAGUUCAUACAACUGAGAGCUUGCGUAAAGCAAAGUUUUCUGCUGGAAAAACUGAGAAAGAGUGCAGCAAUUAUGAUACUGUUUUGGAACCUUAUAAAACAGAGAAUGCUAGACUUACCAGGGAAAAUAAUGAUCUACAUUUAGAAAUCUUAAAACUGAAAGAGAAGUCUGAUCGGCAUGUUAAAGAUUUGAAAGCUUGCUUAAGGAGGGUUGAACACGAAACAACUGACUUGAAAUUUUUGAAUAACCAGUAUAUACAUAAAAUUAAAGUGCUGGAAAAAGAGACCAAAGCCAAAACUGAAAAAAUUCAGCAGCUUCAGGAGAAGAAUCUGCAAGCAGUGGUGCAAACACCUGGUGGCAGGAGGAAAAGCAUUCCCUUCAGGCGGCAGCGCAUGCAGAUAGACCAGCUCGUGCCCCCCUCAGCUGUCAGUGCCUACCCAGUGCCUCAGCCAGAGGACCCUUACAUUGCAGACCUGCUCCAGGUGGCUGAUAAUCGAAUCCAAGAACUGCAGUCAGAAGUAACAGAGCUACAGGAAAAACUGGAGACAUCUGAGAGUGGAAUGAAAAAUUACAGCAAACAGGUUGAGAUAAGAGACAAAGAAAUCGAGCGCUUAAUGCUGGCAUUGGAUGGUGGGCGUUCUCAUGAGGUUCUGUCUCUGGAAUCAAGAACUAAAAGUAAUGAGAAGCUUAUUUCCCACUUGAAUAUACAGGUUGAUUACCUUCAGAAAAAAAACAAAGAACUUGAAAAUCACAUUCAAGAUCUCUUGGACACUAAACAAAAUGUGACUAGUGAGGUAGUGGAUUUAAGCAAUAAAAAUCAAGAACUGUGUCAAGAACUGGAUGAAAUAGAUCACUUGGCACAGCAGUUGGAAAGACACAAAGAAAUAGUGCUUGAGACCGCAGAUAAGGAAAUAGGAGAAGCAAAGAAAGAAAUUGAAAGAAAAGUCAGUGAAAUACAGGAUCUACAAGAAACAAUAACAAGGCUUAAAUCGGAGUUGUGCUCAUGUCAUAAGGAGAAUGAGAGACUGAAUGAAGAACUCUUUGGGAAAACAGAUGAAAAAGGGCAUCUUGAGCUGUUGUUAAACCAGCUUCAACAAGAGAAGCAAAGGCUGACGGAAAAAACAGAGAAUUUAGAAAGAAAAGAACGAGAACUUGUCCUAGAAAUUGAAAGAAUGAGAUUGGACUUUGGUAUUGCCCUAGGAGACAAAUCUCCAUCUCGUCUGGAUGCAUUUGUAAAGACCUUAGAAGAUGACAGAGACUACUAUAAGCGAGAAUUAGACUAUCUUCAGAAAAUGGUUAAACUGAAGCCUAGCCCAAGCCGCAGGAGUGCAGAGAGGAGUGAAGAGCUUAAAUCAAUCACCAGAGAAAGAGAUGAGCUGCGGUCCGUGUUAGACAGAUUUGAAAAACACAUGAUAGAAAUUCAGUCCAAUGUCAAAUUAUUGACUUCAGAAAGAGACAGAUUAAAAGUUCUUUAUGAGCAGUCUCAGAGUGAAUUGAACAGGAUGAGAAGAGAAGCAAAACACAGUUUUGUUUCUCAAAGUCACAUAGAAGAAGAAAGAGACAUUGCACUGACUGACUUUAGAAUACUAAUGGCAGAAAAAGAAAGUCUUGGAGAAAAAUUAAAGAUGCAUCAAGAAGCAGCAUACCAUGAAAAAUCAAAGCUGCAGCAUGAUAUUUCAGAAUUGGAGAAUAAUAUUCAAGGACUUGAAAUUGAAAAGUGUGAACUAAGGACUACAGUCUCUAUCCUGAAAGAAAGAAUAAACUAUUUGGAAAAUGAAUUAAAUCUGAAGUCAAGUAAACUUGCCCAGACUUCUGAUGAUUCUUCUCAAUUUAAAGCUGAGAUUUGCUCACUUCAGCUCUUAAAUGACCAACAGCAGAAGUCUGUUGAAGAUUUACAGCACAGAUUGUCCCUCAAAAAGGAUGAAUUGCUGGCAGCUCAAGAUGAAAUUAUAAAGCUGAAAGAGAUAAUAGAUAGGUUAAACCAGAGGAGCACUUCACAGGAAGAAGCAGUCAGUGUGCUGAGAAGUACAAUUAGUGUUUUGGACAAAGAAAAGGACAGUCUUCAAGAAACUGUAGAUGAAAAAACAGAAAGAAUUGCGUGCUUAGAUGACAACUUAGCUAACAGGGAAAAAACAAUUGCUCAUUUACGUUUAACUCUCUCUGAGCUGGAGUCCUCAACAGACCAGAUGCAGGACAGGCUGAGCAACAGAGACCGUGAGAUAGCCAGCUUACAUCGCCAGCUUGAUACAUCCCAGCUAGAGCUUGCAGAAAUGGGAAGAGUAAAGGAAAUGGCUCUGAAGGAAAACAGGCGACUGCAAGAUGACCUGGCUACAAUGGCCAGAGAAAACCAGGCUAUCAGUACUGAGCUUGAAGAUGCAAUACGUGAAAAAGAAGAAAUGAAAACCAGGGUUCAUAGUUAUAUAACUGAAGUCUCCAGAUUUGAGAACUUGAUAGCUUCAAAGGAAAAAGAAAACCAAGAAUUGUUGGAGAAGUUCCGGAUGCUCCAUACACAAGCUGAAGGCUGGGAAAUGAAGGCUCAUCAAGCUGAAGGAGAAAGCAGCUCCAUACGACUGGAACUCCUUUCAGUAGAUACAGAUCGGAGACAUCUUCGAGAGAGAGUGGAGUUUCUGGAAAAAGAGAUUCAAGGGCAUAUUGUUGCACAUCAAGUAUAUGAAUCUCAGAUCUCCUCCAUAACCAAAAAUAUGUCCAGAUUGGAAGAGGAUCUUAAACGUGAAAAUCAGGAUAAGGCUUCUGUGUUGGCAGACCUCACUUCUGUGAGAGAACUCUGUGUGAAACUUGAGGCUAGCAAAGAACUUUUAGCUCGACAGCUGACGUCCAAAAGCAUGGAUUAUGAAAGGGUUCUAGGAGAAUUAGAAGAUACAAAAUCAGAAGGAGAGUUGCUGAAAAAGCAGCUAUCCAGUGAGAGACUUACAGUUCAGAAUCUUGAAACGUUAUUGGCUACUAGUAGAGACAAAGAAUUUCAGAAUCAAUUAACAUCCCAAGACAAGGAUACCGAAAUUCGGUUACUGAAAGACAAGCUAACACUGGCUGAGAGCAAACUAAGCAGCAAUAAUAGAGAGGUUUCCAUGCUUCGAAGUAAAGUCGCACAGAUGCAGACUGAUACUGAUGUUUUAAAAAGGAAACUGACAACUGAGCGAUUUGAACGGGAGCGAGCCAUCCAGGAGAUGCGUCGGCACGGCCUCUGCACGUCCUCGCUCCGCGCUUCGCCUCCGCUCAGCUCCACGCUCAGGUCUCCCUCGCCUUCUCCAGAGCGCAGCGCUGCCAGAACAGCUGAGCAGGCAGCAGCUGAAAAGGCAAAGCAAAAAGUGGAAACUGUAGCAAAUGAGAUACUGACAGUGGGGAUGAAACAGCAGAUAUGCCUUGUGCUUUACUGGUGAGCCCCUAGGCAUAACCUGUUAUGUUGCAAAAUGACAUUUUGACUGAGGUGAUGACAGAUGAUACAUUUCUGAGAAUGAGUAUCUUCAGUAGAGUAUUAGUCUACUAAGAGUCUUUAGUCUUUUUUGCUUUACAGUGAGUCCUGAGAGCAAUAAAAAGUCCAGUUGCUAUGCUUGUAGUGCACUAUUUUUAUCUAAUAUUUGUAUCCCUAGUUUUAACUAUGUCAACUCUGUACCAUAUCUUACCAGAAAUUACCCCAUUUUCAUGAAGUGUUUAUUUUUAAAGAACGUGGUUUUUAACAACUGAACUCACAUGCAGUUGUUAUGCAUAGCUUGCCUUUUAAAUGUAUCAAUUAGAGAAGAAUGAUCUCAGCAGAACUGUUACUGUCUUUUAUCCUUCUUGUUUAUUCCUUCUUGGGAGCUUACCAGAGUAAAGUGUACUCUGUAGUUACUGUUCUGUCGUGGUACAGCUGUCUCUCUCUGACCUGAUUUCAUCUUCUCAAGAAAUUUUCUCUUCCUCCUCAUCUCACUGUUACUUUUGAAAAUCAUUUUAGCAAUGGGUCAGUGGUGUAGAGUUUUAAGUAAUAUGCUAAUAGUUGAUAUUUGGAAUAACAGAAGACCAUUUGAGGAGGCUAAAGCUAAUUACUACUUUUUAUCCUAAUAUUAAUUAGUAAAAUAUGAUAGUUACCUUUAUUUUGACAUCUUUCUUACUCCACAGAAAUGUGACCAUCAAGGAAUAACCAGUACUUGAGUAGCUGAAGCAUUACCUUGUUACAAGGACUUUUUUAUAUAAAUUAUGAAUACUUGUAUUUUACCUCUGUUUUCUUCAAAUCACUGAUUACCUUUGAAACCUCUGAGAACGGGUGAAGUAAUCAACUUCGCAAAAUUCUGCUUUCCCAACUGGCAGGAGUGACUGACUUUUUCUGGCUGUUUGACAGGUUUUGUAUCAAGCCUGGCCAAGUUUUCUUACUUUUUGGAAACAUAAUAAUUAAAAGAAGGAAAUGAGUAUUGAUUUGACAAUCUCUUGUUUUCAUUUUUCUAUUUUAUCUGUUUGUUUAUCUCAUAUGAUUGGAGAAAUUUAUUCAUCUUAAUGUGAGCUAACAUAGAAUAACAUCCCCAACUGUGUUAAAAAUGCUGAGCCAGUGUAUGUUUUCUACUCAUGAUGAUUUCCUAUGUUUGGGUUUCUAACAAGUGUUUUCUGUUUUCAGGUUAUCCUUUAUGGUAUUUAAAAGUAUCUAUUACCUAUUUUGUGAAUGCAUUUUGUUUACUGUACCUUUUCUUAAUAAAAAAUAUAUCAGUUGUUCUUUAU